GAUCACGUCCUUGUCUCUUUCUAUCGCUCUCAUUCCUGCACAGGAGCUUACCAAUUUUCCCCAUUUCCCUCACCCCAAAACACACUGCCCCUUCUUUCUCUUCAUUUACAACUCCUUUCGUAAAGAGAAGAUUUUUUUUUAAGGGAUAGCAUUUUACCAAACAGAAAUAGAAUAAAAUCAAAGCUUCAGGAGCCAGACUUCCAGCAUGGCAUUGUCACCAUUCCCUUCUGCAUGGUGAUGCGCUUAAGGUAGCAGCGUUUUUAUUAUUUAGUGAAAAGCAGUUUGGGGGAUUCACCAGUUCUGAUGCUUUUUCUCGCUUUUGUCGGCUGAUGGUAGUGAGCCUCUGUUUGACCUGACCAUGAUUCCCAGGACUGGCACUUUUUAUUUUUUCUCCCCAAACUAUACAAAUCCACAUCUUUUUUUUAUUUUGAAGAAAAUUAGAUUAUUGACAGAUUUUGAAUCUGGACAAUAAAAGGUACUUUCUCCUAGCUUCUUUCUGGCAUCAUUUCUGGGAUAUUUUCCACAAUCUUCACAGGAAACAGGAAUGAACCGGCAGCUAGUGAACAUUUUGACAGCCUUGUUUGCAUUUUUCUUAGAGACAAACCACUUCAGGACGGCUUUCUGCAAAGACCAUGAUUCCAGGUCUGGAAAACCCCCCUCACAGUCCAUGUCUCCUUCGGAUUUCUUGGACAAAUUAAUGGGAAGGACAUCAGGAUAUGAUGCAAGAAUCAGACCCAAUUUUAAAGGUCCUCCAGUAAACGUUACUUGCAAUAUUUUUAUCAACAGUUUUGGAUCAGUCACAGAGACCACAAUGGACUACAGAGUGAACAUCUUUUUGAGGCAACAGUGGAAUGACUCCCGGCUGGCUUACAGUGAAUACCCUGAUGACUCCUUGGACUUAGACCCAUCUAUGCUGGACUCCAUUUGGAAACCAGACUUAUUCUUUGCCAAUGAGAAGGGUGCCAACUUCCAUGAUGUCACCACAGACAAUAAACUGCUACGGAUUUCAAAAAAUGGCAAAGUGUUAUAUAGCAUCAGGCUUACUUUAACCUUGUCUUGUCCAAUGGACUUGAAGAACUUCCCCAUGGAUGUCCAGACUUGUACAAUGCAACUGGAGAGCUUUGGCUACACCAUGAAUGACCUGAUAUUUGAGUGGCUAAGUGAUGGCCCAGUACAAGUGGCUGAGGGUUUAACCUUACCUCAGUUUAUUUUGAAAGAAGAGAAGGAACUCGGAUACUGCACAAAGCACUACAACACUGGAAAAUUUACUUGCAUUGAAGUCAAAUUUCACCUGGAGCGCCAGAUGGGAUACUAUUUGAUCCAGAUGUAUAUUCCUAGCCUGUUGAUAGUCAUUUUGUCCUGGGUUUCAUUUUGGAUCAACAUGGAUGCAGCACCAGCCAGAGUGGCCUUGGGUAUCACCACAGUUUUGACAAUGACAACCCAAAGUUCCGGUUCCAGAGCCUCACUGCCAAAGGUAUCCUACGUAAAAGCUAUCGACAUCUGGAUGGCUGUGUGUCUCCUGUUUGUGUUUGCCGCCUUACUGGAAUAUGCAGCUGUUAACUUUGUUUCAAGGCAACACAAGGAGUUUCUGAGGCUCAGGAGAAGACAAAGGAGGCAAAAUAAGGAAGAAGACGUUGCUCGGGAGAGUCGUUUUAAUUUCAGUGGCUAUGGGAUGGGUCAUUGUCUUCAAGUUAAAGAUGGAACAGCAGUCAAAGCCCCACCACCAAACCCACCCCCAGCACUCCCGAAGGAUUCAGACUCCAUCAAAAAGAAGUUUGUAGAUCGGGCUAAAAGGAUUGAUACAAUAUCUCGAGCUGCCUUCCCAUUGGCCUUCCUCAUAUUCAACGUCUUUUACUGGAUCACAUACAAAAUCAUUCGGCAUGAGGAUGUGCAUAAGAAAUAGGUGAACCCUUUGGGCCUAGGGACACUGUUGCCCAAAUGUUGUGCUUGUAAAUAAACGGUGAAAUUGUCUUUCUAUCAUUUUGACUGAGGGGUUAGGGGGAGGUCAAAAGGGUGGGGGUAGGAUUUCAUGACACUGAAAGAAGACAGAAAAGUUUCAGUCCAUGAAGAAAAUUGAUUGCACAAAAUUAAAGUAAUCACAGAACUAUGUGACAAGGUCCCCUUACAAAUCCCUUAACAUUGUUCUUCCAAAUCUUGGGUCAAUCAGAUGUGUACAUGGGGCCAAUUUUUUUUUUUAACUAAUUCUGGUACUGAAAUGUUCACUUAAAUAAGACCUAAAAUAUUUUACAUCUAAUUCUAGCGGCUACCCUCCAGUGAGUUAAGAGGACCAAACUUUUUCAGGAAAAUGCUGCCUUUGUAUGUGAAAAUAAGUCCACUGAGCUACAUUCCAUGAUAAUAUCAGUAGUUAGUGUUUCACCAAGUCUUUUUGUGGCUCAUAAAUUUAUACUUAAAAGGGGAAAGAAAUGAACACUUCCAACGAAACCAGAUCUCUACUUGAUUAGCCUUGUAGGUGUGCAUUUUCACAUCAUCUUACUUUCCUAGAAUUGUAAUUUUGGGGUUAAAAUUGUGUACUAUGUGAUUAAUUUGAUAGUAUUCUCUUUUAGAAAUCAACAAGACAGCCCAUGUUAUUUUCUUUCCAAGAUGGUGCACUGACCUUAUUCUGGCUGUAUUUACUUGCAACUUGAAGUGCCAAUGUGUUCUUCCCUCCCCUCCACCACAAUAUUCACCGACCUCUUGAUUCCUAAACGGUGUAGCUCAAAUUAGCAUUAACUUUCCCAUCACUGAUCUCAUUGUAACUGCGAACAAUAGUCCAAUAGGUUUACAGACCACUGAUUUCUACCUUCAUUAAAGUGGCUGUCAUUUUAAAUACCAUUGACUAACUUAAGAGUUUUAAAACUGUACUGUGAUUUUCAUAACCUAUAACAUUUUGGUACCAGAGCUACGUGGUUCGAAUUCUGGCUACGUGUUUUAAGUAAGAAAAAAAAAAAGAGGUAUUUUUGCUUAUUCAGAUAAAGACAAUCUGUAAAAAAAAAUUAUAAUAAAAUGAAAAUAAAUUUUACAAGUGCAGUAAAAGGGAUUAUUUUAAAAAAGAUUUAUUUGUUCAAUUUCAAUAAAGCUAAGUGUGCUACAGUACUUCUCCAAAAUGUUUUCUUUUUCAUGGUGUCACAUUAACAAUGAGGAUAAGGAUGACAAUAACAAUUUGAAUUUGUGGAUCGCCUUUUGUUUUCAAUAAUAUCCAAGUGUUUUUACAUUUAAUUAUCUUAUUUCUCCUUCUAAUACCCCAUACAGGAAGAAGGAGCAACUAUUAUCCCAAUUUUAGAGGUGGGGAAACUGAGGCACACAAAGCAUUAAAUAUCUGAUAAAUAUAUUACCCUCUUGGAAUGAAUAAAAUCUAUUUUAUUUCUUAGGUGCGCAUGCAUGAUAAACCCUAGAAUUUAGUUCUUAUUUUUUGGGAAGGUCAUUCUUACGUGCA